UAUAAUUUUAAAGUGAGAAAAAACUUACUAAGAUCCAAGUAUCUCCGUCUGGUAGAUUGUUUCCACAAUUGUUGCAUCGUAAGAUUUAACAUGAUGUUUGACCCACCCGACUUUCCGUAUAGAGAUCUUCCCGAAUUGAGAGAUAAUUACGAAUCCGACGAUAUUUUCAAUAAUGAUAUCCCAAAUAAUACAACAACAAACUUCGGCGACAGUGUGAUUACUGACGUUACAAAUAUAAACAAUCAAUUAUCGCUUCAUUCUAAUAAUUCUGGACGGUACUUUAACAUUGAAAAUGUGCCUCCUGUAAGCGACUCCGUAAAUAAUGAACCCACGAACACUGAGUUAUGUGUUAUUCAACAAGAUAUCUUUAAUUUUGAAUCAACUUUGCUAGAUGACAACAUUGUUAACCAAUUUUUAUUACCUUUACAAACCGCUGCAGAAAAAAAUAAGGAUGUUGAGAUUGGUCCCGACUUACUGGCUCUUCAUUCGUGUGCUAUUUGUCAUGAAAUAUUCACAACAGAAGCUGAUCUUCUGGAUCAUACUAUAUCUUUACACGCUUCAGUUAAUUACGUAGAUAGAAGCCAAAAUGUUCCUGCAGUUACUAAUGUGAAGGAACCUAUUGAAACAAACAACGAUGAUCUAAGUUAUGAAGCCGAAUGGUUGGUGUGUCGUGUCUGUGAAAGAGUAUUAUCUACAGUUGUAGAAACAGAACCAAAUGAACAGUUGUGCUGCAUCGAUGACAGUGGAAGGCAGAGCAUAUCUCGCCGAAGACUAGGCGCAAUGUACGUGUGCGAUUCCUGCAGUUAUUUGUUCGCGGAUGGAGAAGCCCUUGACCGACAUCGGCUCACGUGCUGCUUGCAGGAACCAGACAAUACCAUUUCCCCGAUGCUGAAUACACAUAUAUCUUCAGAUAUCUCAGACCUCUUAGAUUCUUGUGAUAACAACGCACCUGCCAGUCUUUCGUCUGAAGAGACAGAACUGCAGACUGUCAUAUGCGAUAGACCAUUACAGACGCGACAGACACGGCGACCGUAUUCUAACUCCAGCAGCAAUAAGAUGUGGAACUGUGGCUCUUGUAAUCAACUGUUUGCUACUGCAAGGGAGUUAUACCGUCACAAGCGAGGAGAGGACCGCCCAGAGGGAGCGCCGCUGGUCGCAUACGUGUGCGAGGAGUGCGACAAGGUGCUCGGCAGCAUGUGCGCCCUGCACACCCACAAGAAGAUGCACAGAGUGACCAAACCAGGUUACCCAUGCCGUGUGUGCGGACGUCGCUUCAACCAGUCGGGACACCUCGCCAUACACAUGAGGAUGCACACUGGAGAGCGGCCUUAUCCCUGUGAUCUCUGCACUAAAGCGUUUAAAGUUAAGGUGGAGCGCGACGACCACCGGCGCACGCACACCGGGGAGCGGCCCUUUGCCUGCACGAGCUGCCCCAAGACGUUUACCGCGGCCGCGCGCCUCCGCGAACACGCACGCAUACACACAGACCAAAGGCCGUACAGGUGCGAUAUCUGCGGCGCGGCGUUCCGGCGGCCGUACGCCCGCACGGUACAUACCCUCAUACACAGCGGGGAGAAGCCGCACAAAUGCGACGUCUGUGGAACGGCCUUCAGGAGAUCUGGCGAUAUGUGGAAGCACAAGAGAACUCUCCACGGACUGCCCUCAACUACCGCUCUGUGACACUAAGCAAUAUGGUUCUCAAAGAGGGAACGCUGCCAUAAUUAAAGACUGAAUAUAGCCGCUUGCUAAGUUUAGCGAUUUAAUUUUUUACUGCCAAAUCCUUCCUUGGUACAAUAUAACCAGCGUGGCGCUGCAGAAGUCUGCAUAUUUUUG